UUUUGACCGCCUAGAUACCCCGCCACUCCGCCGAUAAACAUGUCUGUUGUGGGCAUCGACUUGGGGACGCUCAACAGCGUCAUUGCUGUUGCGCGGAACCGUGGUGUCGACGUGAUUGCAAAUGAAGUCUCCAACCGCGCGACUCCGUCGCUCGUAGGCUUCGGGCCCAAGAGCAGAUACAUUGGUGAGGCCGCCAAGAACCAGGAAAUCUCCAACCUGAAGAACACCGUCUCAUCGUUCGUCCGCCUCGCUGGCCGCUCCCUCAACGACCCCGAUGUCCAGGUCGAGCAGGACUUUGUGUCGGCGCCGCUCAUCGACAUGGGCGGCCAGGUCGGCGCCGAGGUCUCAUACCUGGGCAAGAAGGAGCAGUUCACCGCGACCCAGAUCACCGCCAUGUUCCUCACCAGGAUGAAGGCCACCGCCUCUGUCGAGCUGAAGCUGCCCGUCUCGGACGUCGUCCUCAGCUGCCCCGUGUGGUACACCGAUGGUCAACGCCGCGCCAUCCUGGACGCCGCCGACAUCGCUGGACUCAAGUGCCUGCGGUUGAUCAACGACAACACCGCCGUCGCCCUUGGCUACGGUAUCACAAAGCUCGACCUUCCCACAGCAGAGGAGAAGCCACGGAGAGUCAUCUUCGUCAACAUCGGCCACAGCAACUACACCGCAACCGUAGUCGAGUUCCGCAAGGGCGAGUUGGUCGUCAAGUCCAGCGCCUGGGACCGUCAUUUCGGUGGACGCUACUUCGACAAGGCCCUGGUCGAGCACUUCGCCAAGGAGUUCAAGGAGAAAUACAAGAUCGACGUCAUGGAGAACAACAAGGCACGCUUCCGCCUGGCUGCCGGUGUCGAGAAGCUCAAGAAGAUUCUCUCAGCCAACCAGGCCGCCCCUCUCAACGUCGAGUCUAUCAUGAACGACAUCGACGUUCGUGGCAUGCUCAAGCGUGAGGAGCUCGAGGAGCUCGUCAAGCCCAUGCUUGAUCGCGCCACCGCCCCCAUCGAGCAGGCGCUUGCCGAAGCAAAGCUCACUCCAGACGACAUCGAUGCCAUUGAGAUGGUUGGUGGCUGCACUCGCGUGCCUUCCCUGAAGAACGCCAUCCAAGAGUACUUUGGCGGCAAGACGCUCUCCUUCACCCUCAACCAAGACGAGGCUGUUGCUCGUGGGUGCGCCUUCAGCUGCGCCAUCCUCUCCCCAGUCUUCCGUGUCCGUGACUUCUCCAUCCACGACAUGGUCAACUACCCAGUCCAGUUCACAUGGGAGAAGUCGGAAGAUAUCCCAGACGAGGACACCAACCUCACUGUCUUCAACAAGGGCAACGUCAUGCCUUCCACCAAGAUCCUAACCUUCUACCGCAAAAACCCCUUCGACCUUGAGGCCAGGUACGCCAACCCAGAGCAGCUGCCGGGUAAGACAAACCCAUGGAUCGGCCGAUUUUCCGUCAAGGGCGUCAAGGAGGAUCCCAAGGGCGAUUUCAUGAUCUGCAAGCUUAAGGCUCGUCUUAAUGUGCACGGUGUACUCAACGUUGAGUCUGGAUACUACGUGGAGGAGACCGAGGUGGAGGAGCCGAUUCCCGAGCCUCAAGAGGAGAAGAAAGAGGGUGAUGUACGUGUUUCCAGUUCUUCUACCGAUCCGAGUACCGGACAGCGACUCAAUUCGGAGCCUGCCGCGAAACGACACAAGUCCAGUAGUGAAUUUGUAUUUGCGCGUCCUUCUGCUUCUGCCACUAAGCCAGUCGAGCUAACACAUGACACACAGGCAAUGGACGUCGACAAGGAUGCGCCCAAGGAGCCACCCAAAAUGCGCAAGGUCAAGAAGCAGCAGAGGAAGGGCGACCUACCCCUGUCAGCAGGCACAGCGUCGCUCGAUGAGGCCAGCAAGCAAGAGGCAGCCGAGCGCGAGAACGCCAUGAUCAUGGAGGACAAGCUCGUCGGCGACACCGAGAACGAGAAGAACAACCUCGAGAGCUUCAUCUACGAGCUCAAGGACAAGAUCCUUGAUGUCUACGCUGAGUUCGCCAGCGAUGACGAGAAGUCGAGGCUCAAUGCCAAACUCGAGACGAUCGAGGACUGGCUAUACGAUGACGGUGAGGACGCCACAAAAGCGCAAUACGUCUCCAAGAAGGAGGAUAUCCGCUCCAUUGCUGGCCCCAUCAUCCAGCGCUACAACGACAAGAUCCAGGAGCAGCAACAAGCCGUCCGUGAGAAGUACGAGAAGGAGGCUGCCGCAAAGCAGGCCGACAUUGAGCGCCAGAAGCGGGAUAUCGAGUCCAAGAGGCAAGCCGAGGCACCGCAGACAGAGGAGAAGGACACGGAGAUGACGGAUGCAGAGACUGGCAAGUCCGACGCUGAUAAGUCGUAGAGGGUUGACGCUGGAGGUGCUGGUAAAUGUGAACAACGAAUGACAAUGACUGGGAAUGGGAGUAAAAGCAUUUUGGAGCGUGGCAGCAUUUGGACUGGAUGAGAGUUACAUGAUCUUUCCCAUUCCUUUUGUGAUGCGAUGACGGUAAUGCC